UCAGCAUUCAAGCUCGGUGCCACGAUUUUAGAAAGAGCCAGAGAUCAGUACAAUACGAUGCUCGGUGUAUUGUGGAAGUAUCGAAAAUGACGUCGUGUUUUAAUUAUUUCUUCGCUGCUCUCUGCCUCUUUUAUAUAGCUGCUUUUUCUACCGCGAUUUAUGAUCCAAGAUUAACAACUACAAAACCGCCAGAACGUCGUGAAUUAGUACUUCCUUGGCAUUCAACUGAGAAAGUAUCGCGUGUUCAAACAACAUCUCCUUCUUCAAUAUGGCAUCAAUUGCGGGAUAAUAUUACAUCCAAAUCUAGCACAAAGAAUUGGAGCCCUUGGCGGAAGACUUCGGGUAGUGAAAUUGAACAAAGAACGCAAAUUGAUAUUCCCGAAUAUAUUUCUGAAAAAGUUCCAGAACAACAGCGUAAUUUCAGAUUUGAUAAAUUGGAACAGCAAGAAAGUCUGAAAUUUCCUUUUGAGUACGAAGAUUUUACAGAAUCUGAUAAAAAUUACGGAUAUUUUAAGAAUGAAUCAAAAUAUGGAAUUCGCACUCGACCUCAAAACGAGAUUGAUUUUGAACAUAAAUCAUUGAAAAAUGAUGAGAACAAAAAACUGCAGGUAGAAUUUGAGAAUGAAGAUUUGUAUGAAGGUGUAGAUAUUGACAGCACGAAACCACGAAAAGAAAAUUUACUUCUUUCACGAAAAUCGCAGCACAAAAUAGCCCGAUAUAAUCCUCAAUUAGGCGUUGAAUGUCCUGACAACAAUUCCACAGGACAAUUUGUUUAUCCACUAGAUUGUAAAUUCUUCGUCAAUUGUUGGAAGGGUCGUGCAUUUGUUCAACCAUGUGCUCCAGGCACUCAUUUUAAUCCUGAUACUCUGGAAUGUGAUUUUCCGCACAAAGUGAAAUGUUAUGAGAAUGAACCUGCGUAUUUCAAAGAGCCAGAUUCUGUCUUCCAAAUUAAUCGAAAAUCAGAGAAGUUGCAAGAACCAAAAUGUCCACCAUAUUUAAUUGGUUUAUUACCACAUCAUGGAGAUUGCACGAAAUUUGUACAAUGCGCACACGGUGCAACUUAUAUUAUGAGUUGUGGCCCUGGAACAGUUUUCAAUCCUAUUAUUGGUAUAUGUGAUUGGCCGCGUAAUGUAAAGGGUUGUGAAGAUAUUUUCAAGUCUGAUAAAAAAGUACCACUCGCAUCUCCAAAUUUUAAUUUUGAAUACGAUAGUGCGAAAUAUAUCGAAGCCAAGAAAAUUAUAUGUCCUGCGGAUUUCAUCGGAUUAUUGCCCCAUCCGGAGACGUGUAAAAAAUUCCUUCAAUGUGCAAAUGGUGUUACUUACAUAAUGGACUGUGGUCCUGGAACAGCUUUCAAUCCUGUUACAACGGUUUGUGAUUGGCCACAUAACGUACCCAGCUGCAAAACAGGUAAAUUUGAUGAUAAGGUACACAGGAUAGGAGAUAGUACUUGGAUUCCACUUGUUGCUUCUACUACAUUACGAUCAAAUCUAAGUCCAACAUUUAAACCAACCUGGAAACCAUUUACGACAUCUUCAAGUUCACUUUGGAUACCAACGUGGACAACUCCAAGGCCAUUUUAUGAUCGUUCUGAACAUGUUAUUUAUCAUGAUCAUGACCAUGCACAUAGAGAAAGUCGAUAUCAAGAUUAUGGACCACAUCGUCCAGAAUGGAAACCAAGUAAUGGGAAUUUGAGACAAUCCUUUGAUAACAAUUACGAGUUUCAAGAUAGGCAAUGGAUGGAAAACCAUAGAAUUGGUCAAAAUCCACAACCAGUUUAUCAUUCCGAUCGUCCAGAAGGAUCGUGGUCGUACGAACAUAAGAAUCAAAAUCAUCAUUAUGAUCAUAGACAUUAUCCUCCUGGUUAUCAUUAUCAUCAUCACCAUCAUCAUUAUCAUAAUUAUGGACCUACAUCAAAUCCAUCAGUAAAUCCAAAUUGGUACUCCGGUAAUCCUACUACUCUUAUUGGUGAUCAAAAAUAUGAUCAAGGAUACCAAGGAUAUACUCCAAAUGCAGGUGAUAGUCAUUGGCACUUUGAUCCUCAUAAUCCCAAUCAUCAUUAUUUUGAACAUGUUGCGUCGAGUGAAACAGAUCAAAGACGACAUCAACCAUAUUUUCCUUCUAAAGGAUAUAAUGAAAACAGUCAGUUUUCUAAUGUACACAACGAAACAAAGUUUUCUAACGUUUCUGAUUUAUCAGAUAGUCAAAGGACCGAUCAUGAUUUGCAUCCGACUAAGCAAGAUUAUAAUUGGACGGUAUCAGGAUUAUAUUAUCCUAAUUUUAAUCAUACUUUUUCAUUUCCUGGAAAUGUUUUGCUAAAUAAUAGUAAUAAUAAUAAAUUUACUAAAAAUUCAAAUCAGAAUAAAUCGCGACAAGAUAGAUUACCUCCUACUUGGAUAGGACAAGAAAAUACGACUUGGAAUCAGUCAAAUGGAUCUUUUGCUUUUAACCCGAGUACGUGGCAUGAUCAACAGAAAGUACAGAUGGAAAUUCAAACACGUCCGUGGGAUCAAGAAUCUACGAAUACAACUGAACAUCCGAGAUCAAACUUUUAUCCAAAUGGAGUAUAUAUCAAUGCAAAUGGCAUAAAAGGUCAUUACAUCACAAAAGAAAUUGAGGAUAAUCAGAAGCAUUCAAAGAGCCAUCAAUCGCAUAGUACUCAAAAACCUAUCAAUUGGAACAACAUUUUUAAUAAUUCUGAAAAUGAUUAUACUUUGUUUACGACCACGCUGAUGACAACAACAGAGAAAAUUUCCAAUAAACAACUUGAAUUGUCAAGAAGAGGACGAGAGUUUGAAAAUACUGCGAGAAAAAAAGAGUUGCAUAAUUCUGAUAACAUAAAUGAUUUUAAUUUAUCUAGUGAAUUAAUUGAACGUGAAGAUGAUCAUUGGAGUGAUAAUGAUACGAAAACAAGUAAUGUAAAUUUUAGACCUCCAAAUAUUAUAGAACCUGAAAUAAAUGAUUACAACGUGGAUGUAUUGUACAAAAACGUCUGGAAGCCUAGACUGGUUUUCGAAAAUAAGACCAAGACGACGACGGCUUCAUCGGUUAUUAUGAAAAUCGGUCCGAAAAAUACUGAUAUCGAACUUUUUAAUAUAGAAACAGCCCCGUUUCAAGAAGAAGAGCCGUCAUUCCCAGUUUAUUACGUGCAACCAGUGUAUCCAUUAACUCAUUCAAAAAAGUCCGUUCGACUAACGCCUAUAUCUGGUCAGAUUAUUCGCUUGAGAGACGGUUCUGGGCCGAGCAAUGGUUACGUUGAGGUACAAGGUGUGUUACCUGGUUGGGGUAUUGUAUGUGAUUCUAGAAAUAGUUGGACUUUAAAAGAAGCUCAUAUUUUAUGUAGACAACUCGGAUAUAGCAGAGGCGCAGAAAUGGCUUGGCAAGGCAGAAACAAUCGUAAUAAUAUGCCAACUUGGAUCGCUGCAAAUACUGUAACAUGUCUCGGCAAUGAAACCAGAUUUCAAUCAUGCAAAUUCACACAUAACCAAGAGUGCCGUAUAGAUAGAGAUGCAAUUGGUGUGCGAUGUACUCCUAAUCGUAUCGCACAUUGUUACAAGGACGAAAUACCUCAUGAUGGUCAAUGCUAUCACUUAGCUGAUCCUGAUAGUGGAUUUAAUCAUGGUGAAGCAUUGGAAUACUGCAAACGAAGGAAUGCACGACUCAUUGACAUUACUAAUCAGGCGGAAAAUAACUUUGUUUCGGAAUGGCUAUUGCAAUCGUAUCCGGAAGUUAGUUCAAUUAUGACUUCCGGCUUCGGUUUUACUAGCAUGGGUCGCACCUUAUGGAUCUGGGCGGAUUCUGCUCAUGCUAAAUUUAAAUUUACAAAAUGGUGGCCUGGGUGGAUGAACGAUACGGAACAACCACCAUGGGUAGGAUCUCGUCCUCUUUGUAUUGUGAUGAAGCGGAAAUUUUCGUGUCAUGAACGAUCUGAAUCAAUUUGUGACACAGAUUACUUCUUCUGGGACACUGAAGACUGUGCAACUACUUUGAAAGGGCAUUCUUUUAUUUGCAAAAGGCCCUAUGAUGAUAUUGGUUGCGUUUAUGGGAAAGGAAAUCAAUACACUGGCAAAGCCAAUGUAACAAUAUCAGGAAAUGAAUGUCUUUCGUGGGCCGAUGAAAGAAUAGUACAUCAAUUACGUAUAAAUGUUGUUAAUAAAGAAAUUCGAGACAAACUGGAAAUGCAUAACUAUUGCAGAAAUCCUAAUCCAAUAAAAGAAUCGAGACCGUGGUGCUUUAUAGGAACCGGAAAGCGUGAAUAUUGCGAUAUUCCUGCCUGUGGAAGUAUUGAUUCAAAACGAUCUAUGUUGACUGGUCAAUGCAAGCCUAAACAUUUUGAAUGUACGCCAGGAGAGUGCAUCCCAUCUCCAUGGGUUUGUGAUGGAGAGGAGGAUUGUACAAAUGGGGCUGACGAAAGAAAAUGUAUAUUGGAUCUGAAUCUCUUUGAAAAAUCUACAAAACAUAAACUUGAGGGCUACGAUGUCGAGAAAUGGUUGAAUACACCUUUAAAAACCUGCGCAUUAAGAUGCAAAGAAGCUGAUUUUACUUGUCGCUCAUUUAACCAUAAAUUGGAUGGUAACGUGUGUUUAUUGAGUAAUAGUAACAUUGGCUUGACUGGUGCACUCAAACCUGACAAAGAGUUCGAUUAUUAUGAAAUGAGAGAGAGAAGCGUGAACUGUGAUGGCAUGUAUAUUUGCAAUAAUCGCAAGUGUAUAAAUCAAACAAAAGUCUGCGACGGCAAAAAUGAUUGCGAUGAUCGCAGCGAUGAGAAUAUCUGCACAGCUGAAAAUUUUGAUUACGGUAUUCGCUUAGCUGGUGCAAAUAAUAGUUAUGAAGGUCGAAUAGAAGUCAAAAUUCUAGGACAUUGGGGCCAGGUAUGUGACGACGGCUUUGGUAUGAUCAAUGCUGAUGUUAUCUGCAAAGAGCUUGGUUUCGAUCUUGGAGCUUUGGAAGUUAGACCGGGUGGAUUUUACGGAAAUCUCGAUCCACCAACGAGAUUUAUGGUAGAUCAAUUGAAAUGUCGUGGAAACGAAACUACAUUACGCGAAUGCGAUUUUAACGGAUGGGGAGUUCAUAAUUGUCAACCGGAAGAGGCUGUUGGGAUCGUGUGUAAGACCGCAGUCAAUACUUGUCAGGAAGGUUAUUGGAAAUGUGAUAAUAGUCCAACUUGCAUACCGACUCCUUUCAUUUGCGACGAGGUGGUCGAUUGUCCAGAUCACUCCGAUGAAAGUUCAGAAUAUUGCGAUGCACCAUUUGAGUUGCGCUUGGCGAAUGGUAGCAAUUCUCUACAAGGAAGAGUAGAAGUGCGUCAUCACGGCGUGUGGGGUACCGUGUGCGAUGAUGACUUUACAAAUGCUACGGCAGUAGUCAUUUGUAGAUCUUUAGGAUAUGGUGGUAUCGCAAUAGCUAAGAAAAACGGUUUCUUUGGACCUGGCCAAGGACCAAUAUGGCUCGAUGAGGUUUUCUGUCAUGGAAAUGAAUCGCAAUUAUAUCGAUGUGAGCAUAAUCACUGGGGUCAACAUAAUUGCGAUCAUAAUGAGGACGCAGGUGUAAUUUGUUCACCUGGAGAUGUUAACAAUGCCGAACAGUCAUACUGGAUAAACAGCCAAGAACAUUCGGAACAAAAUAUUAACGAGCUGCUUCCAUCAAAUUGUGGCCAACGUGCCAAAGAUUUCGAUAGCGAUGAAGAUUUAAUAUUUCAGAAAGUAGUACAUGGCUCCAUUGCACCAAAAGGCACUUAUCCUUGGCAGGCUAGUAUUCGAGUUCGAGGGCACAGUCGAUCAAAUCAUUGGUGCGGUGCUGUUAUUAUAUCGCCUCUACACGUGCUAACAGCGGCACAUUGUUUAGAAGGUUACAACAAAGGCACAUAUUUUGUUCGUGCGGGUGAUUAUAACACGGAUAUACACGAAGGAACGGAAAUAGAAGCCAACAUCGAAGAUUAUUACGUACACGAAGAAUUUCGUAAAGGCCACAGAAUGAACAAUGAUAUCGCUUUGGUUCUACUUAAAGGUCUCGGCAUCCCGCUUGGCAAAGAUAUCAUGCCAAUUUGCUUGCCGGCUGAGAAUGCCGAAUAUCCGCCUGGACUGAAUUGCACGAUCAGCGGAUUCGGCAGUAUUGAAACGGGCAAGACGACGCAAUCGAAAGAUUUACGAUAUGGCUGGGUGCCUUUGUUGGAUCAGUCAAUUUGCCGAGCUAGUUAUGUUUAUGGUGAAGGUGCCAUAAGUGACGGAAUGAUGUGUGCUGGAUAUCUUGAUGAAGGUAUCGAUACAUGCGAUGGCGAUUCCGGAGGUCCUUUAGCAUGUUAUCACAAUGGAGCUUUCAAUUUGUACGGGAUAACUAGUUGGGGUCAACAUUGCGGCAAAGCAAAUAGACCUGGAGUUUACGUUCGUAUAGCGUAUUAUCGUCGCUGGAUUGAUAAAAAAAUUAGAGAAUCGCUAGUAGGUAGAUAAAAUGUUGAAAUUAUAAAAUUUGCAAUCACGCACGCAUAAACAUUUUUGUGCAUCUUGUUAUUUCUUUUACAAAAAGCUAAUUAUGUCUCUCACAAAACACCAAUUUUUUCGAAAUUAGUUUUAAUUUGGUAAA